AUGCAACAUCACGAAUCUAUUCAUUCUUCAAAAAGUCGAGUUGUCAGCACUACAACAUCAAGUAGUUGCAGCAGUGGUUAUACAAGCAGCGGUGGCUACACAACCACAAGCAAUUUAAGCAAUAGCAGUGCUGCUUGUCGACGUCAAUCUGAGGCUGAUUUGGAACUUACAAUGCAAUCUUUGGCUGUAACUAAGGCUAAGAAUGAAGAGAAUGAAAUGGGAAGUGCUAUCCGGCCAUCUUCGUCUUCCUGUUCAUCAUCUUCUUCUGCUUCGUUUUCUGCUGCAACUUCCUCUUCAUCUUCAAUUGAUCUUAAUGGAAAUGAAAAUGUUUUGGAUUCAGUUCGACAACAAAAGUCCAAUCAAAUUCAAAUUAAGCGGCGUAGCAAAACACAACUUGCAAAGUGCCUCCAACUCGACUUGGUCUCCAUCUCUAAUUGUAAGAAUGUGGUAAAUUCCGAUGGUGCAAAUAACAACAAGGUUGAGAAUUCAAUUUCGAACUUAUCCCCUUGGGGGAAACGGCAAUUUCAGCACAACCGUCGAGGGCAAUCAACACUGUUUCCUGUUCACAUUCUUCCAUUUCUCUACCUUGGAAAUGUUGACACAGCCAAAAAUCGACAAACACUUGAAAAAUGUGACAUUCGCUAUGUGAUCAAUGUGACAUCCGAUUUGCCAAACUAUUUUGAGUGCGACAACAAUGAUGGACAAUUAAAUAAAGGGAAUGAUGGGCCCAAUAUUACAUAUAUGAGAAUUCCUGUUGAUGACAAUUGCUCCCAUAAUUUGGCUCAGUUUUUCCCAGAAGCGAUCUCAUUUAUCGAACAUGCGCGUUCUCAAAAAGCAGGCAUUCUUGUUCACUGCUGGGCUGGUAUCAGUCGUUCUGUCACUGUGUGCCUUGCAUAUCUAAUGUAUUCGCAACGUUGUACACUUGAAGAAGCUUUUGAUCGUUUAUUCAAACAAAAUGGGACAAUUGCACCAAAUUUUCAUUUCAUGGAGGCAUUAACUUGUUGGGAGCGCGAACUUUUUGCUUCUCAUUUUUCUUCGUCAGCAAUGGGAAUUAAUUUACCGCCAACACUUUCUACACAACAACAAAAUAUUUCAACUACAGCAUCUUUAAAUGGAGGAAAUGUUGUUGUUGUUCCUGGGCCUCCUUGUUCGCCAUCAGCUUCUUCACCGGCAUUUAAACAGUUUAAAGGUUUUGAAGCAGUUGUCCCCUGA